AUGAAAUUUUGUAUACUUUUUUUGGUUUAUCUUAUCACGCCAUUCACAUUAGCUACUUAUUCUGAUGGUUUAGCAAGAAAAGUUAUGCUUUCUAUGAGUAGUGCAGCAUACUCUGAUAUACCAGAAAGAUGUAUUAAAAAUGUAUUUGGACAAUCAGGAGUAUUUGGUAGACAGGUUUCUGUUACGUGUGAUAAGGUAUCUAAUGACCGUUGUUCUGGUUUUACAGCUGUUAGUCAUGAUGAUAAAGCUAUUAUAAUAUCAUUUCGUGGAAGUACUGGAUUUUUACAACUUGCACAAGAAGCUUCUGGAGAAAUAUUUAAUAAACCAAUACCAUUUUUUUCUGGUGGUGCUGUAUCUUUAUAUUUUUAUAAUGCAUUUAAUGAUGUUUGGACAAAAGGAUUAAAAGAUAGUUUUCUUGGAUUGAAAAAUAAAUAUCCUACAUAUAAAGUUUAUGUAACUGGACAUUCACUUGGAGGAGCAAUGGCAUGUAUUUGUGCAGCAACUAUUGUUAAAUCAGGUUAUAUUUCAUCAAAUAAUAUUUUACUUUACACAAUGGGUGAACCACGUGUAGGUGAUGAUGAUUUUGUUAAAGGAUUUGAUAAAUUAAAUAUUGAAGCAUAUAGAAUAAUUCAUAAACAUGAUCUCGUUCCUCAUUUACCUCCAGAUCAUUUAUUUGGAUAUAAACAUCAUAAAGAAGAGAUUUUUUAUAAUAAUGAUAUGACUUCAGGAAGUAAAUUUAAAAUAUGUUCUGGUGAUGAUUCAAAUUCAUGUUCAUCAGCUUCAGUUGAUUUAAGCAUUAAUGACCAUUUACAUUAUUUCAAUACGGAUGUAAGUGAUUACGGAUAUCAUGGAUGUUUUGCAUAA